AUGAGGAAAAUAUUUGAGAACAGCAGUGUACAGGAAUUUAGAGCAAGGGAAGUUCCUAAUUAUCAGUCAGAUAACCUUCAUUUAGAACUUUGGGCACUAUAUCCUGUUGUUGUGAACCAAGUACAAAAAAUCAUUUCCAAAGAAAAUGUUCCACAUAAUCUGUCUAGAAAAUAUUUUGUUGGUCAUGUUGUGCAAGAUAUAAAGUCCAUACCUUGUAAUGGUCAAGAUUUUUUAUGGUUAUUAAAGAAAGGAGCACAAAGAUGUUAUACAAGAGGAAAGAUCCAAGUUCAUAUACAGCUAUCUAGCCUUAAAAAACAAAAUCAUCAUCUUCAUAUUUACAUUCAUUUGACCCUUCUGCUUUUGUGUUAUAGAAAACAAUUGGACAAAAUUCAGAGUUCCAAGUUGUACAAAAAUUGGUUGGAAAUCCUCCCAACUGCUGCCUUGACUUUAAUACAGCAGCAUGCUAUCCAGCAUGGUAUAACUCCUAUUGAGCAGUUUUUAUGUUCCUGGCUAGUAGCAUCAACACUGAAAAUUCGAAAUGAGAAUCACAUUAGUUUUUAUUUUCUUAAGUACCUUUUAGAAAUUUUGAUGAUUAAUGUCUCUGAAAAUUCACUUGAAACGUAUCUAGAAGAAGCCCUUUAUAACAGCAUUCAUAAGGUUUUUGAAUAUGCUUUAGAUAUGUUACGAAAAUUGCAUGAAAAUUUUCAGAUACAAAAUGUGCAGAUGCAAGAUGAUUUCUUUUGCAUGCUAAAGUGUAUAUAUAUGAUAUGUGCAGAAAUGGAAACACAUUAUCAGAAGCCUGAUUUGUACAAGAUUGUUGAAGUAUGAUUUGAAUAAAUUAAGCUUU